UCAUUGCCCCGACAGGUUAUGAGCAGUACGCGCCGAGGAUGUCAAGAUGGCUGCCACGUACAUCUGAUCGGAGGUGUGUGCGCUCGCGAAAUUUGACGCCAAACUGUGAUAAAAGGGGCUGCCUUUUUCGAGUCCCUGACAUGGUGACAGUGCAGAGUUAGUCGGCCUGUAUCCAUGAGCAUCACUUUAUACACCAUCGAUGAUAGUUCUUGUCGUCGCGGCCGCCGGCGGCUCGCAUUGAAUCAUGUUCAGUAAAAAACUUCAUGUAGACGUCAAAAAGUCAACACUGAAGAUUCAGGAUGUUAAAAAGGAUAGCGCAACUCGGUUUAAGCAUCUCAAAAUCGUACUAGAAAAUGUGGAUACCGAUGAAGCAAAAGGGUUUUUUGAAGGCAACUUCAGUCACGUGUAUUUUAUUCUAUAUGAUUGUUUCGUAUCAGCUGAAGCAAACCUAAGGCAACGAGAACUUUCAUUCCACAUUGUGCAUAAAGCACAUAGGGAGGAAUUAGAACAGGUAUUGCAGCUUUUGGAGAAAGUUUUAACUCUUCUUCCUGAGCUUCUUAAUAGAAGAUGGCAGUGUCAUAGCCUGGCAAGGAUUUUGGAGAAACUUUUACAUCCUGGUAAUAGCUGGAAACUUAGAAGAGAAGCUAUAAGAUAUUUUAUUUUGUGGUAUCAAGCACUUGGUGAAAAUGCACCCGAACACAUCCAUCAAAUGUUUGCAAGCUUGGUACCAGGCUUUCCACCUCAACAACCAUCUCCUUAUAAAUCAGAGCGCAAGACAGAUGGGAAAAAAGAUAAACUUGCAAAAGUAAUAGGUUGUGAUGAUAAAGAUAAGAGAGAAUUUUAUGAUACACAAUUGUCACAAAGUACUUUUCAUGAUAAUGGGUCCAAUCAAUGUCCUGUCACUCCAGUGGACAAUGGACCCAUUUUACCUCCACAAAGUGGGGAAAAGCCUCUUGAUAAUGAGACUGUUCGAUUUUUAGAAGCAUUACUUGAAUUUAUGGUUACUCAGGUUGUAAAAAUAGAAUGGCGGGAUAAAUCUUCACGACAGCACAAGACUUUUCAAUUUUUAUUAGAGCGUUUUAAAGCUACGUACCUUCGUUAUAUUUGUCCUGAGUUUGAUGAUAAUUUUUCAUUAUACAAACCGAAUUUAGAAUUGCCUACGAUGCGUAAACCAACGAAUCAAAGUCAAGAUAAUUAUGUUUUAUGUAAAGUUGCUUUGAUUAAAUGGAUCGCUAAUUUUACCCAUGUCGCUCGAAAAGAUACUCGUGUCGCACAUCUUUCGCAUAGCACAACUCCGAACGAAGAAAAUACGGAAUCAGAACUUCGUCGUGUUUCGGUUACACAAAAUCCAACUGAUUCCACUUCGCUAUCUCCUGAAUCAAAUGUAUCACAACAAGAGAAUCAAAAUCAGGAAGAUAGUAGUGUUUCAGCAGUUACCCUUGUUAGAGAGGUUUUAUAUGGUAACAGAGAUAAUGUAAAUUUUGUACACGAAUUGUACAGGCAAGCGUUUCUGCUGGAUUUCAAUCAUGCUGGUGCUAUAAGGAAAGCUAUAGCCGUUUAUAAAGAUUGGAUUCAAAUGAAUGAACUUCCACCAUUUAUGUUAGAGCCAUUGGACAGCCACAAAGAAAGAGACUUAGAAGAUAAUACCAAAAAAGAUAUAAGUGAUAUGGAUAAAAGUCCGUCAGAAAAUUAUCGUCAAACGAGAUUAAGGAACGACUCCUACCUUGGUGCUAUACACAGAGAAAAUUUAUUUAUAAGAGCAGGAUUACAGAAUGUUUUACAAAUAUUCAUCACACAAGCUUCUAAUGUUUUUUUUCUCGAAAAUUAUGGACCUAACGCGUCCCUCACAUUACUGGAAGAACAAACAGAUAGUUGCAAAAGAGUUUUGAAUGUUUACCGAUACGUCGUAAUGAAUUCUAGAUUAGAACCUGCUACUUGGGAACAGUUGCUUAGGGUAUUAUUACAAAUAACAUCACUCGUUCUGAAUGAGAAAUCUUCUCGGCGCAAAGUUCAGGAAAGCAUCGGUGGCAAACUCGCACCUGCCAUAUUUCAGACCUUAAUCGUUACGUGGAUUAAAGCCAAUUUAAACGUUGUUAUUUCUACCCAAUUAUGGGAUCAGUUUUUGGAAGUUCUGACAUCAUUGACACAAUGGGAAGAAUUGAUUCGAGAAUGGGCGAAAACAUUGGAUACUUUAACAAGGGUACUUGCCAGGCACGUGUACAAUUUGGAUUUGAAUGAUCUGCCAUUAGAUAGAUUGAGCGAACAAAAAACUAAAAAGCGUCGAGGUGUCGGAAGCCGUGCUGCUUCCACCGGAAGCGUUCAACCCCCACGCAAAGGAAGCGUUGACCAAGAUAACAAUACUGUUUCUAAAGAAAGUGUUACUGAUCAUCCAAUGCGAGACUUAAGAAAAGUUCGACCUCUUCCUCGUAGUGCAAGUGAUAAUACGAUAUACAAUGGGAAAGCACGCGUAAAGGUUCAUAGACAUCGUGCACAUACUGUACACAGUGGUAUUCCUGUACUCCCCCUAUCGAUAGAGCAAGACAUGGCACGGCUGCUGUCAAGUGGUACCACAGCAUCGUCAGGAGUUGGCCGGAAAAUGUUACCCAACAGACGCGCUAAGUCGUUGGACAGCGUUGUUAUGGUUGAUAGCGAACCACCAUCUCCGCGUUGUCCUUCUCCAACGCCUAGCAGCGGCGUUGACAGCAACAAAGACAGUCCGAUACAGAUAGAAAAUAUUGACGGCAGUAGUAUUGAUACUAAUGAUGCAUCAGAAAGAAGAUCUGUUAUGGCAGGUGGUGGUGUUCGUGGAUGGUUACCUGAUGUAGCGGUUGUAUUGUGGAGACGUAUGUUGUCUGCAUUAGGAGACGUGAAUAAUAUUCAAGAUCCAGUACUUCAUGGUCAAGUUAUGGAUUAUCUGGUUCAACUGACGCAAACCCUUAUAAAAAUUCGUUUGAAUCAAGGCGUAUCUGGAGACAAUCAGGCAACCCCGCCAGCUCCGGAACUUAUACCUCCGUUAACAGUAAUUGCUCCAUGGUGUUUCAAGGCGAUACAACUUCCUAGUCAGUACGAAGUAGGGAAAUUGGCAGCGUACCGUUUGAUCUGUCUUUUGACAGUACAGCCGCAGGAUAUCAAUUUACCAAAACAACACUUGACACUUUUUUAUCGUGCGGUUCAUAACGGUAUCGUUAGUAACGACAGUAAAGUAUUACAUGUACUUGUCAAGUACACUGGUCCUAGAUUGUUCAGUUUAAAUCUUCCUGGGUCUAGCCUUUUAAUCUUGGAUUAUAUCCAUGCUGCUAAUGUCAUAUUAAGCAGUCAGGAUAUUGGGGCACCACGGACAGAGGCUGUCUCGAUAAUCGGAUCAUUACUGUCCUUACCUGCCACAACAAUUAAAUUACCUGUGUUGCAACCUACUUCGACGGAUAUUGUGACCAUGAAAUGUCCAGAUGCGAAGGAGCACAUAAUCACGAUUCUUUUGAGAAGUUGUAGGCGAGAACCUACCGGUAUUGCAAGAUGCGUGGCACUUUCAAGUAUUGCUAUGUUUGUGUACAGAGAGCUGUGUUACAAAAAUCAACAUCCGAGGAUACCAGAAUCUGUCACGGUUCUUCUUUUAGCACUCAGAGCCAACCAUGCCAUUGUUGCUCAAGUGGCAUGCGAUUCUUUAUUGUUGCUGUGCGAUAAGGCAGACAUCCUCUUAGAGUUGUAUCCAAAUGUGCCAUGUAAAAUAAUUCAGAUUUUGUCAGAAACACUUGGAUAUAUGAGUACUCGAGAAAAACGCGGUCCUUUGAUAAUAUCGAUGUUGUUCUGUUUGGGCGAGUGGGCUAUGCAUCUUGGUCCAUUUGUUUUGUUGCGUGUAUUUCAAGGAAAACCAUUAUUAAUGACUUUAUUCACGGUUUUGGAUAAUAUAGUGAAAGAUAAAAUCAGUAAAGAUGUUACGCAGUCGAACAAAAGUCAUGAAGAUGAAGAUGAUGAUUUCGAUCCUGACAUAACUUUGGAUAACUUGGCUGACGAAACUUCCAUGAAAUCACCUCGACGAGGAAACAUUCAGUCUGUUCAGUUGGCAGCAAAAAUGGUAAUGAUGCAUUUGAUAAAUCAUUUGGGACAUUUUCCCAUGGGUAUUGGAGCUGCACGAUUAUCUUCAUUAGUUGUUGAAUUAGAUGAUGUACCCGGUAUUGAUGGGGAUGAGCUUUCUUCUGCCAUUUUUCAUGCGCCGAAUAUACAAUUAUUGAUGUUAUCAAACUCCGUGAUAAUGUCACUCGUUGAAUUGGCGGCAUUGGAUGCGCCCGGAGGAGGUGUAACCGCAGGAUUAACAACAGCUCCGUCUUUGGUCAGGGUUUUGUUGCGAGAUUUAGCAGGAAAAGCAUCUUGGGACAGUUCUAUUUUGUACAGUCAACCGUUCGUCGAAGACGAUAUUCCAAUAGCAUUUACAAAACACGUCGAGUGGAAAGCAAAAAUGCAAAUAGAGGAUCUAAACAGUGUUACAACAUCUCAAACUUGUACACCUCGACAUACUAUAAGACAUCGUGAACCUCAUAUAUUACCCACGUUUGCGAAUGCUGCGAGCGAUAUGGAUAAUUUGGAUGAUCUCUUACAAUAUAUAGGACACACAAGUCCGGAAGUAUUAACUAAUCCAGAAGUAGCUCUUAACGCGCCUGCUAAUCCACCACAGGGUCAUUAUCUUGAAAGUGAAACUAUUGCAACCAUUCUCAACCAGAGGAAUGCGGAACAAGAGCAUAUCAAUAAUUGGAGUCAACAUAUUAGCAUGUGCGCGUCGGCAAUAAGUCCACCAUCGUGUCGCCCGCCUCCAGCACCCUUUCAUCACUGCCGUCUUUUAUUUUCGCACUUAGGUUUGUCAGGUUGGGAACAACGUACAAAAUUGCAUUUGUUAUCGAAAAAUGAAAAACUUCUGCGGGAAUUGAGGAACCUCGAUAGCCAGCGAUCCAGAGAAACACACAAAAUAGCGGUGAUUUACGUUAGUCAGGGACAAGAAGAUAAGAACUCUAUAUUGAGUAAUGUCACUGCUAGUAAAGAGUACGAAAGUUUCGUCGCUAGAUUGGCCUGGGAGGUCGAGCUUGAAUCGCACACAGGUUUUCUUGGAGGUCUUAUACCUGGAAAAGCAUCAGGGGUAACAGCACCCUAUUUUGCUACGUCUUUCACGGAGAUACUUUUUCACGUCGCGACGAGAAUGCCUUCUGACAGUCCUGAAAGUUUGCUGCAGAAAACACGACAUUUGGGUAACGAUGAGAUUCAUAUAGUUUGGUCCGAACAUUGGAGAGAUUAUCGCAGAGACAUUAUACCAACUGAAUUUUGCGAUGUUUUAAUAGUAAUUUAUCCGUUGCAUAAUAAACUGUACAGAAUCCAAAUUUCUCGUAAGCCAGAAAUUCCAUUCUUUGGACCCUUGUUUGACGAAUGCAUCGUGGAAGAUAAAGUUCUGCCUGGAUUAGUUAGAACAACAGCAUUAGCAGCAAGUAGAGCAAAACGAUCUACUCUUACGUUGUAUCAACAUUAUUACGAGGAGAGAGCAAGAUCUAUUGAUACCGUUAUGCGAAAUCAUAAAGAAGCUACUACAUUUGAAGAGUUUACAGCUAACGUAUAUUCUCCGGUACAACCUCCAAGUCCAUUCAGUGGGACUUCUUCCGUAUCUGGCUCUACAACAAGCGUGCAAUCCACAGCAUCGUCAAACCUCGCAGCAGCCCUUAUAGAUUCACAUCAAGGUCGAUCGGGUCUGCGAAGUUCUUCAGCAGCGAGCAGUGAUAACCGCGCGAAUAGAGUUUCUGAUGGAAGUAGAGUAUGGUUUAGUAACGACACUCCAGACAGUACAGCGCUCCAUGGAAUUUCUCCCAGGCCUGUGAAAAAGAUGUCAUUUAAAACUGGACCGAAACAACGGGCAAACACUCAAUCUACACCCCCCGAUAGUCCGAGAUAUAAAUAAAUAAGGAAUUUUCUAUCAAAUACCAUAAACGAAAAUGAACACUUUUGCACAAGAGGUUGUUUGGUCAUAUCCUACAAGUUGUAAUUUAAGAGAAUUCUUUAAAACGCUACGAUGUAUCGUAGUAGCAACACAGUUCACUGCUCCAUACAUCAACAGAGAUAGUAGACACGUUAAGGACAAAAAAGUAGGUUCAGAUUACCUACUACUUUUGACAUUGUGUCAGCAGCGGGUAUGAAAUAUCUGAAUUAGUCUUAGCGUUUUCUGUUUUCCGUCCUUAGGUUUAAUUUUUAUAUUAAAUGUACAGAUCGUUGUUUAUUUGUUGCAACGUGAAUAUUAAUUUAUUGGAACGUAAAUAUACGAGAAGAUUUAACUGAUCAUAGAUAUACAAUAGUACUAGGUUUGUUAUAUACGCUGAUUAGCGUCACGUGACAGCUAUUUCCAUUGUACAGUACUUUCUUAAGAUCAGUUUACCCUUGUACUUGAAUAGGUAAGCUUAAACGAUUGUAUCAAUUAAAGCUUCUAUCUUAAUUUAUAUUAAAAAUAAUGAGCUCCUCGAUGUUACAUGCCUUCGUGAACGAUAAAAUAACAAAGAUAACUCGUUUCUUGUAAUGUAGUUGGGCGACAUAGGAAGAAACAUGAUUACCAUGUUUACCGCAUAGUGCGGGACUACGGAAAGGUUGAUGAGAAUCAAAUGUUAUUUUUUAACGUCAAAGUUUUACGAAUCAACGUCAUGUUUCUUAAUAAUGUAAUAACCCGUACUUUACCUCUCGUGCCGGUUUAAUUUCGGUGAAUAUUUUUGGUAAACGUGAUGCAAUCACGGUAUUUAAAUAUGUUUGUACAUUACAUUCCAUACAAAAAUCUUUUCUAUAUAUUAUUCAUUAUCGGUCAUUUCAGUACUUUAGAUGUAUCUUCGAAGAAAUAUAAAAGCAUUCCAUUUACGUUUUUGUAUUCAAAUUCGACAAUCGGAUCUUCUACCGAAGUUUACAAGUAUAUUCAUUUCUGUACAUUGUUGCAGAAGAAUCAGUUAGGGAACAGUUUUGUUAUUAUACCAAAAUUAUAAGUAUUUGGUGCUUUACGAUACGUAAAAUAGAAGUAUUUUAAAUACUGUGUCAAAAAGUGUUUAAACACUAAUGAAGAUGAGAAAAGGAAAGAAGUAGUAAUGAGUUUUGAAAGUAAACUAAGAAUAAAACUUUGGCUUGAAAAAAUAAUUCAUCUUGAACACAGUGAUAAUAAUCAAAGUAUUAAUAUUAUUCGUCGCUGUCGAUAUGAACGGAGUUUAGAGAAAAAUGAUAUAUUGAUAACGGUAUUCAAGUUGAAAUUGUAAUAAAUAAACAUUUCGAGUUUUUUGACCAUUUUGAUGAUUAUCAGAAAAAAGUCGCAUUCGAAUGUGUAGGUAUCUAGCAACGAAGUUGUAGGUAAAUAAUAUUAUCAAUACGCAGACCAUGGCCAAAGCAGCAUUAUUUUUUCACUAAUUUAUAACGAAGUAGAUUGAGAGUCGUGUAUAUGUAUUGUACAUAAAUUGUUAAGCCAGCGAAUGACGUUGAAGUCAUUGAUGAAAAUUAUUCUUUGCAAAAUAUUGUAUCUCUAUGUUAUUGAACAAAAGUAUUGGUCUAUAUAUAUAUAUAUAUAUAUGCAUAUAUACGUAUAGAAAUGGAAAUGAACUUAUUGCAAUCUUGUGUAAAGAUGCUUUUACAAAACAUAUUUAAACAUUGUACUUAAUUAAUUAUCUUCAUCGAUAUUAUUAUAACAAUUGCUCGCUAUUAUUUAUGUUAUAAAUAUACAAAUUGCUGUUAAUAUUAUUAGCACAAUAUCGAACUAUUUUUCUUACUGAAUACUUCGCUUGUAACUGUUUGGAACGAAAUUUAGCGAAUGUAAGCUGCAAGAAAAUGCAAAAGAAGCAUUGAAGUGUUACCACAAAAGAAAAAUAUUAAGGUGCCUCUUCUGCUCGUAACAUUGCUUCAAUUUACAUUCUUUGUUUUCUCAAGUUUUCCCUUUAUUUUUCAUUCUUUCUUAACAAUGAUUAAAUUAUCUGUGUGUAAUAGCUAUUACAAAUACGAAUAUUAAUUGUUCACACAAGAUAAUCUGUACUAUAUAAUUUUUCCUACUUAUUCGUACGAAAGUGUUAAUUUGUGUUUUAACGGUCUGAAACAGAGAAAAUGUAUGUACAAAGAGUUUGCGAUUCGCCAUGUCUUUAUCGAUACAGAACAGAGUUAAUAUAUAUCUACAUAAACAUAUAAUUAUUUUAUACGAUUAAAAGGGAAAGCCUCCUCGUUCUAAUUUGUUUACCAAAUAGAAUCCUGCAUAGAUAUACUUAAUUUUCUACUUACGUGAAUUGACGGUCGUUACAAAUUUUUAGACGGGAACAUUUUUAGCAGCAGCUGCGAAUCGUAAAGUAACAAAUAGGUUUCUUGAAAUUUUCAAUAAAAUUUCUGCUGAUAAACUGUGUGUUAUAUGAAAUUCAAACUUCGUAAAAAAACUUUGCAGAAUUUAUAGUUGGUAUAGAAAACGAUAGCAUUCGAAUAGAAAACUUAUAAAUAUAUUUACAAUUCGUAAGAACAAGUUAGGUGAUUCUUUUGUAGAGGCGGUACAGUGGAGUCUCGCUAUUUGGCCUUAGACAAGACUAGAAACGAACAAAAUUGUGUGAAGGGCCAUAUAAAUGGAGCUGCAUGGUGUAGCGUGUGGCGAUAUAACGAGUGUUCAACGAACAAUAUUCAUUCGCAUUCAUCGAUCACAAAACUUGAAAGAGCCAUAUAGCGAGACUGCGCUCGUAUUUGGAAUUGACUCGAAUCGUGAUUCUUCUAUAAUCGAAAUUCGUAAUUUCUCUGAUGUCGUGUUGAUUGUACACAUUUCUGCGAUGGAAUGUACAUUUUAUUGCACAAUAAAAUUAUAAUGAAUCAAUUUUAA